UUAUAAAGUAAAUAUAAAAAAAAUAUUGUGUUCAAAGAAAAAAAAGCGAUUUUAAAUUUUUUGUUCAUCUUUGUCUUGAAUUCCUAUUGACAAAGCCAUUUUGUGUGCAUUUGGUUUUGGCUUCUUUUUCUAUUUACAUUUCCGUUUGGAGGAUAAAACUGAUAAACUGCCCCAACGUUUGUGUUCUUUUUGUUUUAACAUUUUGCACUCGCAACCAAAGAAACAUCAACUUUUCAAACAACCUGCCCUCCCCUCAACCUCAACCUCAACGACGCUGCGUUGUUUGGGUUUUGUCAGAGUUCUGCCGUCAACACGUUAAAAUUCCACCGGUGUACUUCACGUUCGUCUUGCAAACCACCACAAAGCUUAACGCUAACGCGAUCGUCAAGCUGAAGCGGAAAAAUUAUUAUUUGUGAAUAUUUAAAGGCAAAAUUUUACGUGCACUUAAAAUUCAACUCCGAAUAAAAGCAACACUUCGAGGAAAUUGGGAAAAUAACAAAAUUGAUUUUCAAAAAUGUCAAAAUACUCCGGUAAAAAAUGUCGUCUACUUUCGAUGAUGUGGCUGACGGCAUUCUUCUUCUUUGUGGAAAUCGUUGUCGGGUAUGUGACUAACUCCAUGGCAUUAGUGGCUGACAGUUUUCACAUGUUGGGUGAUAUCGCAGCAUUAGUUAUAUCAUUUUUAUCAGUUAAGAUGUCGCCAAAGAAAUGGUCAAAAAACACAUUUGGUUGGGCCCGAGCCGAAGUAUUGGGGGCACUUGUAAACGCUGUGUUUUUAGUGGCUUUGUGCUUCAGCAUAACAAUAGAAGCAUGUAAAAGAUUUAUAGAAGAAGAAACUAUACAUGAACCUGAGUUGCUUGUUAUAGUUGGCACGCUGGGGUUGCUGGUGAAUGUGAUAGGAUUGUGUUUACUUUAUGAACAUGGUGGUGCUCAUGGACACUCACAUGGUGGAGGUCUUACACGUAAUCACAGUCGCCUUACCGAACUAGCCAAUGUUGAAGACGAUGAUGGAGAGAACAAAGAUUUUGCGUAUGAGAAACAAAAAGAGAAACCAGUGAAAAAAGCUGGACACGGGCAUAGUCACGACCCUGGCCAAAUGAAUAUGCGUGGAGCCUUUUUACAUGUUUUAAGUGAUGCCUUAGGCAGUAUUAUAGUUGUUAUUAGCGCUUUGAUUGUGUGGAAAACAGAGUGGAAAUAUCGUUAUUAUAUGGAUCCAGCUUUAUCAAUUGUAUUAGUUGCAUUAAUUUUACAUUCUGUAUGGCCACUUUUACGUGAGUCUGCUCUUAUUCUAUUACAAACGGUGCCAACACAUAUACAAGUUGAUGCCAUCCAAAAACGACUCUUAGAAAAAGUGGAUGGUGUCUUGGCAGUACAUGAAUUUCAUGUGUGGCAAUUAGCCGGUGAUCGUAUCAUUGCUUCUGCGCAUAUAAGAUGUCGUAACCUAUCAGAAUAUAUGAAAAUUGCAGAAAAGGUCAAAGAAUUCUUCCAUAAUGAAGGGAUACAUUCAACUACUAUACAGCCAGAGUUUGUUGAAAUAGAAGGAUGUAACAUGUCUGAUGGUACAUCGAGUCUUAAUAUGAGUGGUUCCGAUUGUUGUGCAUUAGAUUGCCCUACUACUGAAGAGGGUUGCGUAAAAGCUACGUGUUGUCAAAACAAUAAUAAAUUGAACCAAUUGCCAUCGCCAACUAGUUCACCAUACAUGUGUCGCCAAAGAAACUCUACUAGAAAUAACGCUGCAAAUGAUGUAGAAGCUGGCUCACUGUUGGAAUCUGUAACUACUGGAACAAAUUCGAUUAGUAAUAAUACAGCUACAACCAUGUCAGUUGUGAAUACCAAUAGUGAAGUAGUCUGACAACAUCCAACAGAAGUACAAUAUCAACAACAGGCAGAUACACCAACCCAAUAUCAAGAACAAAAAGUAAAUUUUUCCCCACCACGAGCAGUACUUUCACCCAAAUCAACAAACAACAUAUAUGAGCAAAAAUCAACGAAAUCAGCAACAAAUGUAACAAAUAACAAUUCUAAAAUAGCUACAAGCUGCCCAAUUAAUUUUAAUCGGAUUCCAAGAUGUGAUUCACCCAAUGAUAAUAGAAAUUUAUCUAUCACUGCUCAUAGGCGUAAUAUAUUACUAUCUGAACAGCAAGCGCAAGAUAAAGUAGAGUUGGAUGAUUGUACUCGAAAUGGUGAUGAAGUGGCGCUUUAAAAUUGUUUUUAACUACGCUUGUUGUGUUGUUUUAUGUUAAAGUUAGAUUGAAAUUGAUAAGUAAAACCCAUUUAAUUUAAUAUGUAAUGCUUUUUAGUAAAUAAAUUUUAUUUUAAUAUUGUACAUCAUUUAAAGCAUAUUUAACUGAUUUAACUAAUUUUUUUUAAAUUAAUUAAAGAGAACAAAGAGCUAUUGACUUUGAAAUGCUAUAUACAAACUAUAUUUG